AUGACUCGACGGCGGCUCUGCUCGUCUCUGUUGUGUCCCACGCUCACCUCUGCUGCUUCCUCCUCCUGUCGUCCAGAUGCCCAGCGAGCGCUGCUGCUGCUGGAGGAGUACCGGGCCAAGCUGAACCACACAGAGGAUCGGCAGCUCCGACACUCCAUCCAGAGGGUCAUCGACAUCUUCCAGAGCAACCUGUUCCAGGCUCUCAUAGAUAUCCAGGAGUUUUACGAAGUGACCUUAUUGGACAGUCAGCGAUGGGCAGAGUCUUCCAAGGGGGCGGAACCCAUGGCGCCCGUUAACCUGUGGGACUUCUCCAGCCUUCAAAGCACAACGGUGACCUCGGACACUCUGCCCAGCCUCAGUACCAGCAUCGAGGUAACAACACAAACCUGUCCAACCCCAGUCACUUUCAUUUCCCAUGGUUCGUUCAGUGUUGUGGUUUGAUGGAUUGUCACUAAACACAAACUGUGGACACAACCGGGGAGUUCAGUGGUUUUCUAGUUGUGUCUGAACGGUUCCUUCAUGUUGUUUCUUAGAAACAGAAACACCCUCAGUAAAAAUAGAGAAUUGAAAAUAGAUCACACUCUUCAAAACGUCACAGGAUGAUGACUGAAAGUGGUUUUUGUUUGC